ACUCGUAUGACAGCGCUCAGCUGCUCGCUGUUCCCGAUCUUGUUCAGCACCCACUCGGUCAACAGCCGCUUGCACACAAUGUGCGCCACGAAGGUCCCGAUCAACACACCCACCAUGACGAGUCCCAAGCCCAGCACAAAUCCGUACAGGUACCCCGCUGCCACGUUAAGUACAAUAUACCCCCAGCUACAGGGGAACGACACGAGGAUCAAUCCGACGAUGAACAGCAAGGCUCCCACGGCGCUGUCCAAUCCCUCCACCCAAAGCAGCAGAUCCUUGAGAUACUGCCGCACCAGGGCCACGGAAGAGAAACACAUUGCCGUAAGGAUGCACGCAAGCACGGCGCUCUUGAAGCAGCAGGCGGUGAUGCAGCACGGAUGACGAGACUCCCCGACGCCGGGGAAAGACACGCCAUCGCCAAUGUUAACUUCAGAGUCCCCGGCUUCGGACUUCCCAUUGCCCGCUGUUCUCUCCUCGAAGGCGCUGCAUAUCAAUAUGUCAAUUUUGUCACACUCGUCGGUAGCAGACCUCUGGAGCCAGCGGUUAAUCUGUAUCUGAGCUUUGCCUACGGCAUGUUUGACGAGCUUGGUGCCCAGAUGCAGGGUUGUGGACCCUGCCAACCACAUAUUGGCCCCCGCGGAUUGGGUUUGGGGACGAGCUCAGACGACCCGUAUGCGAUGCAGACAGAUGUGGCUCAAGCAGUCCAGUGGGACAUUCUAUCUCGUUCCAAGCAAGUUGAAGUGUUAUGAGCAGAUGGCUUCACUCGUAGGCCAUCGCUUUGUAAUGGGUCUGUGAUGAACCAGAGACCAGUCCCCUACAUCUGUGUGGGCGUUACGAUAGGUCACUUUUAUCUCGGGUAAACGAGCUGUGAACCCUUCCAGCUGAAUGAAUUAUGAAUGCCAUUUUCAUAAAGACAUUCUGCGAUGCACGCCUUAUUCCCCGUUGUCAUUGCGAAUUAUAUACACUUUAUUCUCUAUUUAAUGAUAGAAUGAUGGUAAAUAAGAGAAGUACGAACUGAGAAGAAAGUGUGAGGGUCAAUGGUCAAACGACUCAACCAUUACCCGUGAACGGCUUUAAGGUAAGAAGGCGAUGGGGUUCUACUUUUAAGACUUCAGCUCAAGCCCUGAUCUCUUCAUCCAGCUAACAGUAGCAUCAGUCUUCGCUAACUUACUCUCGGCUCUAGCUAGCAGGCUGCAUGGAUAACAAAAUCCCCCUGUCCAUCGUGAAGUCAAUGUUCUGAAACAGACCUCAGGUUUGCCGUUGCCCGCUCCGGUCAAAAUCUGCGCACAGAAGUCGUGUAAAGCGAUGCUGUUUGUUUUGGUCUCCAGCUGUGUGUCUUAUUUCUCGCUUCGCUUUCCACCGUGGUGGACACUGUUGGAGCUGUAUUUCAUACCCACCACUGUUUGUGUCCCAGAAUGCCAAAUAUCCAUACCCACGUGACCGUUACUGUUCUUAUCCAACCAGGAGCCUGCAAACCAUAUCGCGAGAAAGCAACAUUUCGUUGGUAUUGUGCUGCGUUCAAGUAAAAUGGAACUAACUGUGCCGCGUUCCUGCAUAAUUGGACCAACUGUAACUGAUACUCUCCCGAUUGAUAAUAAGGAGGAAAUAUUUAUUGUUUAUUAUGCAAACAGUAUAUAUUGGUGCCCCUCUGUAACCCGUAUUUCCACCCCGCAUACAUUUGUUGAUGUAUGACGGGGAGCGUGAUCCAUUCCAAUAUGGAGCAAGUGUACAGUGUUUAUGGCAUAGAAUUACAAACUCGUACAGCAAUCACAACAAUCCUCCUGAUACAGAGGCCUAUAAUCGUCGUGUGCUCAAAUAUAAAGGCAUUUUUUUGUGGUUAUAUUUUUGCUUUGAUUAGCGCAUUUGUGUGCUUUCGAAGUUAUCCACUAGAUGGAACUGUUUCAACCAAUUUUCCUUUUAGUCGCCAAAUGAUCAGUCGAAUUUCUGAAGCAAUAUUAACCGGCUUAUCUGGGCGUUUUUCAUUAACAUUUCUGCUCAAUCGUGGGAGAGAAUAGGGUAAGAAAUUUAGAAAAAAGAAUAAACAUCCCUCCAAUAAAAUGGAAUCCCUAUGUUCACUCGAUAACUGCAUCCUCAUGAAUCUAUUUGAAGAGCAUGUUUAUUCUCACAAAGACAGUGUAGAGCUACAAGUAUAUUUUUUAUAUCAUCAUUUUACUGAAGUGAAUCCAUAUAAAUCAAGAACCCUACACCGUCAAAUUGGUUUGACAUCAGAAUUAUUAACAUCAUUAUGGCCUGAAUAGCAUACUUCAUCAAUCAACAAUUCAAACAAUUCCUUUAUAAAAAGGGUUAACAUGUCCAGUUACUGAAAUGUAUUGAAUAGCUUUUUAAAAAUAAUUCACGUCCUUCAUAUAACUUCCUUUUGAAUAUUACGAUUCAAAAUAUUAGAUAUUUUAAAAAUAAUUCCACCUUCGACAAGCAACAGCCAGAGCAUCUUGCGUGUGAUCGUCAUCGCACGUGGAACGCGCUCAUAUGAAUACAGAGACGCGCUUUGAACAACCUGCGGCACAGCAGAGUUUAGACUCACCCAUGCACGCUGUGACCAAUACGCUCCAAAGCAACGUUUCAUCUGAGUGGAAUUUAAAAAGGCAUUGACUCAAAUACAUUAAUUUGUGAUUUAUUAUUAAGGAAAUACAAUCGAGAAUGGAUAGUUCCGAAGAGGUACAGUCCAUUUCCGAAGAAGCGAGCUCUCCACUCGAGCUAAAAAAAGGAAUGUCAAUUUUUCUUGAUAUCCUUCGGAGAGCUGAUAAGAAUGAUGAUGGCAAGCUCUCCUUGGACGAGUUCAGGGCCUACUUCUCCGACGGGGUGCUGACCGCCGAGGAGCUGAGGGUGCUCUUUCACACCAUCGACACCCAUAACACAGAUAACGUGGAUACUGAUGAAUUGUGUGAGUACUUUUCCCAACACCUGGGCGAGUACGAGAAUGUCCUCGGUGCAUUGGAAGAUCUCAACAUGUCCAUCUUGAAGGCCAUGGACAAAACCAAGAAGGAGUAUCAGAACUCCACCCAUCUGGAGCAGUUUGUGACACGCUUCCUGCUCAAGGAGACAGCCAAUCAGCUCCAUUCCCUGCAGAGUUCCCUGGAGUGUGCCAUGGAAACCACCGCCGAGCAAACUCGCCAGGAGAAGCAGGGCCCGGUGAAGCCAGAGCAGCUGUCCAUCCAGUGGUCUGGCCGGCGGUCCUACCGGAGGCUCCAGAGGAACAGCAGCCUGUCCCCCAACAACCCGCUGCUCAGCCUCGCACACUCCGGUGUGUAUGAGGAAGACAGCCAAUGGUUGACUCAGGUGAACAGACUUCAGAAGCUUAUCGACCGACUCGAAAAGAAGGAGAUCCGCCUGGAGCCAAUGGAGGAGGAGGUCCUAGAAAGCACCAACAAAUCGCACAUCCUGAUGGUCCAGCGGCAGCUGUCGGUGCUGGAGGAGGAGCAGGAGGAGUUCCGUCUGGCCCUCAGACAGUACAUGGAGAGCGCCUGCUCCCAGACGGGCUGCCUGCACAUCGCAGUUCAGCGGCUGGCGAAUGAAUCACGCUUCAUCCUCUACGAGUUCUGGGAACACAACAACGUGUGGAAGAAUCACCUGCAGACAAACUACAGCAAGAGCUUCCAGCGGGGGAACGUGGACUUCCUGGAGACCCCUGAGAUGAUGACCACCAUGUUGGUUCCUGCCUCCUGGUGGGUCAUCAACAACAACUGAAUGUGGAACCAGUACCACAGCACCUGGUCAGGCGCCAUUUUGGAUCGAGAUGAAACCACACGAUCUACUGUUGUACCAUCGGCAUCAGGAAACUCACCCCUCCCUAACACUACAGCAGCCAACGCUGACAAUGCACACAAACACACACGCACACACACACAAACACUUUGUGUGGUCUUGGUGAAUAGUAUUAGUAGCCAAUUUUUACUUCUUAG